UGUACCGAGAAGAAGCCUUGCUCAGCAGACAAUGUCGACAAAUAAUUUGAUAUCUCUGGUUUCAAGUUGUUGCCUUAGCCCGACUGGCUAGAGCAACGUGAAGCACAUAAAGUGGCUCUGUCCGAACCUGCUUGCAGUUUAUCAUGGCGAACUGUGUCUGGACAGAAAAGGUACUCCAGCUCCUCCACCGAAUGAAUAACUUUUAUUUACCAGGCUCUUGUCGUGCGAAUUGUCUUCGAUUCGAGAUAGAUGGAAUCAAAGUUGGUUGGAUUAUGCCGCACGUAGCCUCGCAGUUGGCGUGCUACGGAGAUGUGUUCCAAAAGCCACUUGGGGGUGCUCUGUCACUGUGCAACAAUCUGGACUCUUACGACAAAAGGUCCGAGGCAAUGGGCGUUGUUCUGUCGAACCUGAGACGUGAUUCUUCAUUUCGCUGCCUCAAAGGUUGGAGAGAUGAGAGAUACAAUGUAAUGGACAAAUUCUCAGACCCUCCAGUGAUGUGGAUGGAAAGAGCAGCUACCAGUCUUUUUGGGGUCAAGCGUUAUGGUGUCCAUAUCAAUGGUUACACAGUUAGUGAGAGUGGCGACGUCUAUAUGUGGUUAGCGCGACGCUCUCUCACCAAGCAGACCUAUCCUGGACUACUUGACAACAUGGCAGCAGGCGGUUUGGCUGCUGGCAUGAGCAUCAAGCAAACACUAGUGAAAGAAUGUCAAGAAGAGGCAUGCAUUCCAGAGGCGCUUGCAGAAAAGGCCCACCCGGUAUCCACAGUGAGCUACACCUACCAAGACAGAGAGGGAGUGUUUUCAGAAAGUCAGUUUGUCUUUGAUUUGGAACUUCCUCUUGCCUUCAAGCCCAAAGUAGGCGAUGGAGAAGUACAGGCAUUCUACCUCCUGCCCAUAGAGAAGGUGAAAGAACUACUGGCCACGGAAGAUUUCAAACCCAACUGUGCCAUGGUGGUCUUGGACUUUCUCAUUAGACAUUCUUUUAUUGAGCCUGACAGAGAACCCUUUUACCAGGAGUUUGUGUCCGGACUCCAUCAAGCAUUAUAGAAAGAAAUCAGUAGUAAUCAACGAGACAGUCAUCCUAACUUCUUGGAAGAAAUAUAUCACGAUAGAAGCAGUUUUAUCAGAGCAGUAAAAUAUUUCCUCAUUAAAAGAGCCCUCAAAACCUUUGUAAACUCGAUGGAAUAAUAGACAACACAACAUGACAGUUUCCUCUUAGUUUAAUUUUAUAAAUGUAAGUGUAAAAAGUAUUAUGUUUGGUGAAUGUUGAAUAAUAAUAAAAAAUCAAACACUCGAA